AUAUAAAUAAAAUAAAAAAUUCAAAACGUAAAUUUUAACGAAUUGAAUCCAUAGCAUAUCGACUUCAGAAGUGAUACAGUGACAUACCCUACACUAAAAAUGAGAGAAUCCAUGUACACCGCAAAAGUAGGUGAUGAUGUGUAUAACGAUGAUCCAGCAGUAUAAGAACUUUAAGACUAUGCAGCAAAGCUUAUUGGUAAAGAAAGUGCAUUAUUUGUUCCUUCUGGUUGUUUAGGUAAUACAUGUUGUCUAAUGGGUUAAUCUUCUCGAGAGAAGAACUUAUUUUAUCUUCUGAAUGCCAUAUAGUAUUACAUGAAAGAAGUACUGCAGCCUAAAUAUGUUUAUUAUAAUUAAGAUAAAUUGAUACAAAAAAUACAAACGGGUUAAUGA